AUGAACCUCCUCUAUCUUUUCCUGAUCCUACUUGCAGACGUUCAGGCGUUUGUUAGGUCCUACUCGACCGGCCUGUGCCUUUCCUCACCACAAUACGUCAACCCAGUACUCCCUGGGUGGCACUCUGAUCCAUCAUGCAUACAAAAUCAGGGAAUCUUUUUCUGUGUAACCUCAACCUUUUUGGCUUUUCCUGGGCUCCCGGUAUAUGCCUCACGCGACUUGGUUGACUGGAAUCUCAUCAGCCAUGUUUGGAACCGAGAGUCUCAACUCCCCGGUAUCAGCUGGAACACAACCGGUCAAGCAGAUGGCAUGUACGCGCCAACUAUACGAUAUCACAACGGCAUUUACUACGUCAUUUGCGCAUACGUGGGGCUAUCAGAUGAGCCUAUGGGGGUUCUGUUCCGAACAACCGAUCCCUUCGACAGCGCCCAAUGGAGUGACCCUACUAUCUUGAAUCUCAAGGAAAUCGAUCCUGACCUUUUCUGGGACGAUGAUGGAAAAACAUACGUAGCUACGGCUGGCAUCACGCUGCAAGAGGUGGAUCUCAAGUCAGGCAAACUGGGAGAGCCACUCAACAUCUGGAACGGAACUGCCAACGAGUGGCCCGAAGGCCCUCACAUUUACAAGAAGGACGGAUGGUAUUAUCUCCUGAUUGCCGAGGGUGGAACCAGCCAAGGGCAUGCCGUAUCCAUGGCUAGAGCGAGAUCCAUCAAGGGCCCCUAUACAGCAUACAAAAACAACCCCGUCCUAACCAACCGCGACACAAAUGAAUACUUCCAAAGCGUCGGUCACGCCGACUUAUUUCAAACCCCCAACGGGGAUUGGUGGGGAGUCUGUCUGGCAAUUCGUACAGGGCCCUCCUAUGAACUGAUGCCUAUGGGACGCGAGACCGCUCUCUUCAACGUUACGUGGAAGAGAGGAGGAUGGCCUCAGCUGCAACCCAUCCGUGGUCGAAUGUCUGGAGAUCGACUCCCUGGAGUCUAUUUGCCAGCUCUGGGCAACGGACCAACUGCUGCCGGCGAUGAUGGUUAUGACUUUACAAAGGCCACGACAAUGCCGCCGCACUUCAUACACCACCGUGUGCCACCGCCGAACGCCUUGUCAGUAACUAGAAAAGGCCUGAUGAUCAAGCCAAGCAGAGCCAAUCUGACGGGGGAUUCUGGAUUAACUGAGCCAGAGCUGACUGGACAACGAGGCCUGAGUCUCAUUGGUCGUAGACAAGCACAUACACUAUUUGCCUUUUCACUCGACCUCGAAUUCCGCCCUCAAGUAGACGGCCAGGAGGCUGGCAUUACCGUCUUUCGAUCCCAACUCGAGCACAUCAACCUCGGGAUUGUUCGCAUGGAAAGUAAGUCAAGGCACGGUGCUCGCUCCCAGCUCGUCUUUCGACUCGCCGGGGAGAGCCCCUCCACCAAGGUCUCUACGCAGAUUUACCAGGUACCACAAGGUUGGGAAAAGGGUACCAUCAGGCUAGAGAUCCGAGCGUUGAAUGCCUCAGCCUACACUUUCGCUGCUAUGCCGGUAAAGGCGCCGCAGCGACGUAUGGUGAUUGGAACCGUCUCGGCAGGCGCCGUGAGUGGUCGCGGAGGCAAAGGGUUUUUCCUCGGAUCCUUCAUCGGAGCUUUUGCUACAUGCAAUGGGGCAGGAUCCGGUCAAAAAUGCCCCGAAGGGGGGGAUGUCCUUAUCACACGCUGGAUCUAUAAGGGGCUGGGGCAGCAAAUUUCGGCUGAUGAGAUUGUGCCCGAAGUUGGCCUGGUUUCUCCAUGA